CUUCAUGCCACUUGGCAUUGUGCAGACAGAGAGAGCUGAAGUCAGCUUUUAUUCUGAAAGGAUGUGCUCAGCCAGCCUUGCCCUGCAUUCCCAUCGGUGCCAGAUGCACCGUGCAGAGCGUUUCAAGGGUAACCGGGGACCAUCCGCUUCGAUUAUUGCUCAGCAUCACCCAGAUGCUUUCCUACAUCUUUUUGCUCGUUUGCGUCCUCUUUAAGAACACAUUUCAUUUCCUUCGGUCUUUGCUCCAUCACAUCCCAGAGAGUUCGGUGCCGAACCAGAAACAAGACCGGCAGGUGACUCUCCGCCACCGAAAAGGCUUGGAAUGUAUCUCCUCCUUCUUCAGCAGCGUGGAAGAAACCCCUAAGGUUAUCCCAACCAAGAUCAGUGGGCAGAUCCCCAAAUGGCUCAAGGGCAAGCUACUAAGAAAUGGGCCGGGAAAGUUCGAGUUCGGAAAAGAUAAGUAUAACCACUGGUUUGAUGGCAUGGCUCUGUUGCAUCAGUUUGAGAUUGAGGAGGGAAUUGUGAAGUACAGCAGCAAGUUCCUAAGGAGUGAUUCCUACGUGACAAACAGCAAGAAGAACCGGAUUAUGAUCUCUGAGUUUGGGACCAUGGCCAUGCCAGACCCUUGCAAGACCAUUUUUGAGCGCUUCUUGUCAAAGUUUGAAAUGCCAAAGAUAACAGACAACUGCAACGUGAACUAUGUGAUCUACAAAGGAGACUAUUUUGUUAGCACGGAGACCAAUGUAAUGCACAAAGUUGAUCUGGAAACUCUGGAAACGAAGGAGAAGGUGGAUUGGAGUAAAUAUAUUGCCGUGAAUGGAGCAACUGCCCACCCGCAUUAUGACCCAGAUGGGACUGCCUACAACAUGGGCAACUCCUAUGGGAACCAAGGCAGCAAAUACAACAUCAUCCGCAUCCCACCGCAGGCACCCGGUUCCGACGACUCUAGCUUGCAGGGUGCCAAAGUGGUGUGCUCCAUUCAACCCGAGGAUCGGAUGAAGCCCUCCUACUACCACAGCUUUGGGAUGAGCCAAAACUACAUCAUCUUUAUUGAGCAGCCCCUCAAAAUGAACUUGUGGAAGUUCAUUACGGCCCGGCUUCUCGGGAGAUCCUUUUUGGACGGGAUCAGCUGGGAGCCGCAGCACAACACCCGCUUCCAUGUGGUGAACAAGCUCACAGGGCAGGCAUUGCCCAUGAAAUACUGCAGCAAAGCUUUUAUGAAUUUCCAUCAAAUCAAUGCCUUUGAAGACCAGGGCUGCAUUGUACUUGACCUCUGCUGCCAGGAUGAUGGAAACGUUCUCGAUAUUUUCCGCUUGCAGAACUUGCACCAGGCAGGGGAAGCCCUGGACCAGACCUAUAAUUCAAUAUCAACACCAUAUCCAAGGCGUUUCGUUCUGCCUCUUGACAUCGAUGACAAGAAACCUACGGGGGAGAAUCUCUCUCCUUUGAGCUACACAUCGGCAACAGCUGUGAAGGAGGCGGAUGGCAAGAUCUGGUGCACAUAUGACAGUCUGCACGAUGAGGACCUUGAGAAAGCCGGGGGCCUGGAAUUCCCCCAGAUCAAUUACUCUUACUGCAACGGGAAGAAAUACCGCUACUUCUACGGCUGUGGCUUUGGGAACGUGAUUGGAGACUCGCUGAUCAAGAUGGACCUAAAAACCAAGGAGAUGAAGAUUUGGCAGCAAGAUGGGCUGUAUCCCUCUGAGCCUGUGUUUGUGCCAGAACCUAACUCUGGUACAGAAGACAGCGGAGUCAUUCUCUCCGUAGUCCUGACGCCCGAUCAGAAUCAAGGCAGCUUCCUGCUCGUUCUGGAUGCGAAGAGUUUCAUCGAACUGGGACGGGCGGAAGUCCCAGUGCAGAUUCCUUAUGGAUUCCACGGCAUCUUUGUCUCGCGUUAAUAACUAUCCAGUUAGCUGGUGUCCACUUACCAAAGACAGGGGGAAAAAUAAUCUGUUUCAUAUUGUGUGACUGAAAUGUCUCCUUCUGUGAUCUUGGGCAAGCCACUUAAUCUUCCCACAGGGCUAAUGUUGUCCUGAAAGUUAUCUUAAUCGAUAUGUAUAUCGCUAGGCAAAACUAUAUCCAUGUCUAUGACAGGUAUUGCUAACGAAAGAUAUUGCACAUAGAAUUGUCUUUAUAGGAGGCACUCAAGGAUGCUAAACUUUCAACGGUCCUUGAUUAGGCACUAUAUUUUUGUACUAACUAACUACCUCUUUUGUGAUGUUAUUAGCGAGAUGAAGUUGAAGCCCUCGGGGUUUUAGCUAUAUUUUUUUUUCAAAAAUAAAUCCUUGCAAUACAAGCAGGCAUGUUUUAAAUUUGUUUGCAUUAGAGAUGGGAGACUUGACUGACCCAAAAUAAAAUACGUUCUUAUCUUCA